AUGUCCCAACCCACGCUAGGAUCAUCGUGGACGGCAGCUGCGGCUCACAUCUCGGUACCUACGAAGCUGCCUUCCUCCACUUUCGGGGACCUAGUGCAACGAAUCUUGGGAAACCCAGUGGGAACCGCUCCUCAGUUCACACUGUAUAUUUUCUGGGCGCAUCCAUCAAUCGAGCUCGACAUCUGCAUCGAACAGAUGCCUAUUGGACAUGACAAGACGUCAACCAUGUGCUCUGCAACGUCUCGCACACACUGUAACUUUCCCAUCGUCAUGGUCAACGCUUGGCCAGGUUGCCCAGACCAAAAGACUGGUAUUGGGACGCCAAGAGGACGCCCCCAUUUGCAGAUUGCACCUGUACCAGAAGAUAAGUCUCUUCAUCUCAUGGACCCAUAG